GCUCCCUCCUUUCCCUGACUGCAAAAUGAUUGUUAUCGUGAUGCAAAAAGGCUUUUAGGAACUUAGAAUAUCAUAUGACUGUUUCCUUGGAGAAAGUAAGACCCCAUGUUCGGGGUAACUGUUUUUUAUUCGUCAUGAGGAGUAUCGCAGUAAGAAGGACAGACGCGUUGAUCGACAAUCUGGCUGUAAUUCUCCUGAAGGGCUUCAGGCUAUCCACAAGGGAAAACAAAAAAAAACUCAGAACCGCAAUUUCAUUUGGGGAUUCGGGUUUUUUUUUCACCGCUUCAAGGGAUUCCCUAAAACGAACCCUGUUUUUCGUGGGCAGCUGCAGUGCGGACAUUCAUUGUGUCCGAUGUGACCGUCCGCGGACCGCGUCCAACAAUUUCACCGCCUUGGACACCACGGUCGCGUCUUUUUUUUUUUUGAAUCGCGACGUGUCUUUAUGACGACCAUGGAAGAGCCAACGAACGCAGAGGAUCAAACUUUCAAGAAUCUCAUUCUGUCAACAUGUACGGCCUUGGGCGGCAUGGAAGAACAGGAACAAGCCGACGGCACGAUUGUCCAAGUCUACUCUGUUGGUGACGAAGGCCUCGCUUGCUUGAGAGACUUGAAGCAAUUUAUUCGUGCUGACAGCAGCAAUCCCGAAAAGAUCGCUUUGCACGCCCUGGCCGAAUUCAAAAUCGUUCAAACCGAUCUUAUCCCUAUCAUCUUGCGUUAUGCCGACAAAUUACAAACGUCACCCAUCGAUGACAAAGAACGUGAAAUAGCCGAACGAUUCGUCUUGGCGUGUGUCGAAGUGCUCGUACCGUUGACGUGGCCUGUUCCCACUCAGAUCGAACAAGAAGAAGACAAUAUGGGCCCAAAUAUGCUUCAUUACCAUCGCCAGUAUAAAUUGGCAUUGAUGGUGCCUGGCGUUCUGGAGGCUGUGCUCAGUUUGCUGGAAAGACCUUUGAGCCUACCCCAUAGAGAACGUUCUUUGCGCGAUCAGACGAUCAUCCGUCUAGUUCUCUAUUUCCUGCGAAACUUGGCGGCCAUCCCUGAUCUGAAUGUCUCCCAAAUAGCCUCCGACGAUUUACUGGAAAUGUCGUCACUGCAGGAAACAAUGUUGAUCCGUUUCUGCGAGUCAAAAAUGAUGGAUUUACUGUUAACCCUGGCCUCCCAGAGCACAGACGAUGAUUUGGCAGAAUGGAAUGUGAUGGUGCUGGAAAUUUUCUAUCACCUAUUGCAAAACAUCACUCCAAAAGCUGUAUUCGCAACAGAUUUGAAUGUUCAACCGUCGGCCGAGAUUCCACGUUCGUCCAAAAAGAUGGCCUUGUUGAUGCAACAGGAGAAUGAACAAAAGCGUCUCAAAGCCCGACUUGGCCCAUCUCGUCAUUCCCGAUUUGGUGGGGCCUACACACUCCAAACUUUGGGCGACCCAACCCAGGUUCUUCUAAGACAGGAAGGUGGCUAUGCCGAUCUAGGAUCACUCAUGGAUGAAAGGAAAAAACCUGAUCGUCGUGGCAAAAAGAGAAAGGAAAUGGAUGAAAUCAGUGUUCAUGUAGCCUAUCAUCGAGCGCCUGCUUUACGAUAUUUCAAGCGAACUGCCCAGGAUUUUGUGAAGAACUGCUUCAACAAUUUUUAUCACUCCAUUGUACGUGAUAUCCAACGUGAAGACAAGAAAAUUGUCGAAAAAGAUCAUAUGCGCUUUUCCUUUACCAUGAAAUGGUUCCUUGAAUAUUUACUUUUGGAGAUCGCGGCUUCUAAGAAGUCCUCCCAGGCUCCAAAAAGGCAUAAACCGAACGACGAAAAGGGGAACGACCAGGAACUUUUCUUACCUCGGCGAAAUGCAUCUUCCCCUACCUCGCACGAAGAGGUUGGGAUAACACCUGUCCCUGCGGAUGCCGACCAAAUUAUGGAGGAGCCAAGGGAGGAAUUCGAUUUCGAUCUUAUUGCUAAUAUCAUGGAUAUCCGGGUGUUCUACCUCAUCAUUCGCCGUCUACGAACAUCCAUCGAUGACAAGCUCUGGGUGGAUGCGCAAGUCACGGCUGAUUGUCUGCGGCAAAUGCUUGUUACUGUAGGAGUAAUGUACGAAUCAAAACGCGAGGACGAUCGUGCGGUAGCCGAGUAUAUACAAGGCAACAUUUAUCAUGAACAGAUGACUUUUGACGUGGCUAUCGACAUGGUUAAGCGAUACAAAUACCAAUCCUUGGGAUACUUGCAAUCAGCAGUGCUACUAUCGCACAUUCUUUUAAAAUCGGUGGAGCGAUUUUCCAAAGACAAACAAAUCAUGUUUGUUAGAAGACGCAAGAAGUCCAAACCAAAGAAGAAGACCACGCCAUCAGCCACCGAUACCAACGCAGACGAGACAACAGCGGGUAGUACGGGCACAGAUGCACCUGCAGACGAGAAUGUCAAUGGAGCAGACAUGGAGCAAGAAGAAGAAGAAGAAGACGACGACGGAGAGGAGGAUGAAGAGCGAGAAGAAUAUAGGGAACAAAUGUUUAAUUUCAAUGCUUUUGAAGCUCGAUAUGCCAGCGACGAAGUGAUCCGCGUUUACUGUACUUUAUUGGAGCAAUACCAGACGCUGGAACCCGAAAUAUUACAUUGUAUUACUAGUCUAUUUCAUCGACUCAUGGUCAAACGACAAGUGGAUUACAUCUUUUGGAAGCUGCCAAUUUUGGAGCUAUUCAAUCGUAUCCUGAUAGAGUCGCGGCUCAUGCAUCACACACCCAAUUUUUCCCAGUUAUUGCAAUUCAUUCGUUACUGUACUCGUCAAUUCUUUAAGCGGGCGGAAGAAUACCCAUUGAUUUUCAUUGAAGUGCUGUUCAAGCAUGCCAAAUCAAGAGCGCCACAAGCGUAAACACAUGUAUAUAGUCCUUUUCUUUUUAUUCUUAUCGUUAAUUCGCCUACCACUGUCCAUUAUCAUCUUGCACAAUAUAGAUCUAUUUAUGUAUCAACAAAACUUAAAAAAAAGUUCCUGUUUCUG